AUGCAAGUAAUGGCUCUGCUCCUGCCCGCCGCGUGGAUCGCCUCGCCUCUCAGCGCUCCGAGCACGAAGGCGCCGCACCUUGCAAUGAAGGCGUACUAUGAGCAGGUGGACGGAAUCAACCGCGACAAAAAGGCGCUAGAGCUGGCGCGAAAAGCAGUAUCCGGCAAGUACGACGGGGUAAUAUCCAUCGACGAUGCAAAGGGCAUCGGCCAGUCGCUUCUGGAUGGCAAGGGUGUCACCGCAACAGAGUUCAGCACGGCUUUUGCCAUCCUUCGCGACUAUAAGUUCACUCCGGCAGGGCGCGAUAAAUUUGUAUCGAUGAUGGCCGACUCGACCACGUCAUUUGGGGCCUGGAGCUUAGUUGUCGACCACGACAAUUCCGGGAAUUAUCUCGAAAUGCUGCCAGCACUCCUCGUCUCUGCCGCCAGCUUCCUCGGGCCGCUCCCGGUGCAGCAGGGUCCGGUGGUGACGCAGCGCCGCGCGUCCGCCCCGGUGGCGAGCGUGGAGCGCCGCGGCGUGCUCGCCGGGUUUGCCGCAGCCGCGCUCGCUGCGACGCCAGCCGCGUUUGCCACGACCGACAGCCCGUACUCGCUCAAGAAGGACUACGUGGUGGACGCGAAGAACAUGCUGGAGAACAUGAAAACCGCCACCGAGCUGCAGCGCGGCAACCCAGAGAUGGAGACGAUUGUGAAAUCGACGCGUGCCGAGAUGAACGACUUUGUCGCGUUCUACCGUCGCCAGCCCAAGAUCUCGGGCAUGCCCUCCUUUUCGACCCUCUACACGGCCAUCAACACGCUGUCGGGCCACUACGCCUCGUACGGCAACAAGUACCCCGUCCCGGAGAAGCGCCGCACGCGGCUAGCGCAGCAGUACAAGGAGAUCGAGCGGGCGCUCGCGCGGGGCAAGUAGAGCGGCCUCUCCCUCCGCCGCCCCUCUGGCCGGGCUGUGCUCGCUCGCGGCGGCCAGUCGCACGCGCGCUUGAGGGGGCUAGUGUGCAGCCAAACCACCCGCCGGGGCCAUGUGCAUGCCAGUGAGCUGGACCCACCCCUUGCU